AUGAAUGGUAUCAUUGUAUUGGAGCUUACCAACAACGGCAUCAACGAACGGAAAGAUGCCAGAGGUUGCGCCAAUGCUAGCGACUCUGACCAAUCUACUGCCGAGGGCAAUAAAGACUCCGAUGUUACUUCUGAUUUCGAUACGGCUCGCUUCGGGUUCUGUUCGUGUACUGUUGGUGUACUUUUCUUUUGUUCGAGUUUCAAGGUCGGCAUUUUGUUAGAGUACUAUUGAACUAUCGUUGGGCUAUCAUCUUCCCUUGUUGUAUGCGGACAUAAGCCCUCCAGCCACAAAUAGCCAGUUGUCAAAAGAGAAUUGGAGCAGGGCAGCGACAUCGAAGACCGUUUGAUUUCUAUUGCACCUAUAUUGGCGCAGUUCUCAACAAAGUACGUCCUGUAAGUCAUCCCAGAGUACUUGGAAAAUAAGUUGUUACUAACUCUAUUCAGAUUCGUAGUGACAAAACUGUUCGUCGUGGUGGUCUUGUCGUUUUGGAGGAAAAGCCGCCGCUCGCACUGCCCACGCCCUUCCCCCUUCGCUAUCAUACGUUGCUUUCUCUACGAUUCACUGUAGAAAUAAUAAGAAUGUAA